UGGCAUAGAUUGCAACUGCAGCUUGGAUCUGAUCCCUGGCCUGGGGAAACUCCUUAUGCCCAUGGGGUGCCCAGAAAAGAAAAUAAAUGUGGGGAACUGGGCCACCCUUCAUGGAUGGGGAAGAUGAGGAUGGAGACAGGGAAUAGCCAGCUGAGGAGCAGUAAAUUAGUGGAAGACUCAGGAAUCACAGCCAGUCCGAAGGGUUAAUAUUCACCAACUCACUGUGCUGUGAAGACCAGCCUCUGGAAAUCAAUGCUCUAGAGACCUGAACCCAGAAAUGAAACUUUGUUCUUUUCAUGAUAAAAAUAAAUUUUCACCAGGGUGUUUACCAGCAUAGCUCCUACCCCCACCCCCCUUCACUGCCCUAAAUACACAAGGGGUGGGUGAACCAUCCUGCGAGGGCUGUGCCUGAUCAAACAGAUCAUGAAUCAAUAGCCAUUUAUGGAGAAUGAAGUUGGGGCUCCUCCAGGCACUGGGCAGAUUGUCUGCUUUAGGUCCUGACACCCCAUGAGGCAAAUAUGAUUAAUCUCAUUUUACCAAAAAGAGAACUAAGGCAACUAAAGCUUUGUGCCCAAGGUCGCACAGCCAGUGAGUGCCAGAGUGGGACUUCUUUCUGUCCUCCAGACUCACUGAGCUAGUCCUCUUCCGAGAUGACCUUGAGCCUGGCAAGGAUUCUAUUUACAGCUCUCCCAGGCCUGGAGUUCCAGGACCGUGAUCCUUUGCUGCAGCAGCCUCUGGAGUCAGGGCUCUGGGGGCUGGACUGGAGCUUGAGCAAACAGAGCAGUAGAAAAGGCAACUCCUCUUCUCUGGUUCCCUCAUCCAUGACCUCUCAUCUCUCUGUCCCUUCCUCAGGCAUCAGAACCUAGUUUACCAGACGUGAGGCCGGAGGUGCUGCCAUGGCACCCCUGAGGCCCCUUCUGAUGCUGGCCCUGCUGGCAUGGGUUGCUCUGGCUGACCAAGAGUCGUGCAAGGGCCGCUGCACAGACGGCUUCAUUGCCGAAAGGAAGUGUCAGUGUGACGAGCUGUGCUCUUACUACCAGAGCUGCUGCGCCGACUACGUGGCCGAGUGCAAGCCCCAAGUGACUCGCGGGGAUGUAUUCCUUCAGCCAGAUGAUGAGUACAGGGCCUAUGACUACCACGAGGAGACCAGACACAACACCAGCGUCCAAGAACAGCCGAGGAUCCCUGUCCUGCUGGCCAAGACUGAAGAGACUCCGGUUCUGAAACCUGAGGAAGAGGCCCCACCACCUGGGCCUCAGACUGAUGAUCUAGGGGUCCCUGAGGAAGAGCCGUGCAGUGGGAAACCCUUUGAUGCCUUCACCAACCUCAAGAACGGUUCCGUCUUUGCCUUCCGAGGGCUGUACUGCUAUGAGCUGGAUGAAAAGGCAGUGAGGCCUGGGUACCCCAAGCUCAUCCAAGAUAUCUGGGGCAUCAAGGGCCCCAUUGAUGCCGCCUUCACCCGCAUCAACUGUCAGGGGAAGACCUACCUCUUCAAGGGUAGUCAGUACUGGCGCUUUGAUGAUGGUGUCCUGGACCCCAAUUACCCCCGCGAGAUCUCUGAAGGCUUCACGGGUAUUCCGGACAAUGUGGAUGCAGCCUUGGCCCUGCCGGCUCAUAGCUACAGUGGCCGGGAGCGGGUCUACUUCUUCAAAGGGAAACAGUACUGGGAGUAUGAGUUCCAGCAGCAGCCCAGUCAAGAGGAGUGCGAAGGCAGCUCCCCGUCGGACGUCUUUGCACACUUUGCCCUGAUGCAGCGGGACAGCUGGGAGGACAUCUUCAGACUUCUCUUCUGGAGCCAUUCCUUUGGUGGUGCCAGAGAGCCCCGGGUCAUCAGCCAGGACUGGCUUGGUUUGCCUGAACAAGUGGAUGCGGCCAUGGCUGGCCAAAUUUACAUCUCAGGCUCAGCCCUCCAGCCUUCCCAGCCCAAGAUGACUAAGUCUGCACGUCGCAGUGGUAAACGCUACCGCUCACGCCGUGGCCGUGGCCGUGGCCGAGGCCACAGCCGCAGCCAGAAGUCCCACCGGCAGUCUCGUUCAACCUGGUUUCCCUGGUUCUCCAGUGAGGAGACUGGCCCAGGAGGCUACAACUAUGAUGACUAUAAGAUGGACUGGCUCGUGCCUGCCACCUGUGAGCCCAUCCAGAGCGUCUACUUCUUCUCAGGAGAGGAGUACUACCGAGUGAACCUGCGCACGCAGCGAGUGGACACUGUGACCCCUCCCUACCCACGCUCCAUCGCCCAGUACUGGCUGGGCUGCCCAGUUCCAGACCAGAAGUAAGAGUCCGAGUCUGAAUCCACACAGCUGAGUCUCUGCUGCUGCCCUCUCCAGCCUCCUCCUCCCAGCCCAAUAAAGAGUCCUUGGCCCUGAC